GGUGAUUGGGCUGCGGGUCUGCAGGUAAUGGAGCGAACCUCGACAACAGAGUUAUCAGAUGAGCCCGACGACAUGUCGAUCCAUCCAGCCAUGUCCCACGCCCAGAUCCUUAGCGCUUGUUGCCUCGAACCGCCGAACUGGCCUUCCCACUUUGGCUCCACUGCGUCUGGAACAAAAACAUCCAAUGAUUGAUCUUCCUCGCCGUUUCUCAAUGAAAGCCGUGGGUUUACAAUACAACGGCAUACUUGUUGAGUUUACAUGUGUCCACUGGGUGAAAAUCAGGCCAUUACUGGGUCACUGUCCGGCUCCUCGUCUUCCCUCUUUCCCUGUCGAGUGACGAUCCAUACCUCUUUCUUCGGUACAAUUCUCCCCUUCGUAGGUUUGAUCUUCUCCGCUCAGUCACCAGCUGGAACGGGACCCUCUUUUCCGAUGGUGGAUGCUUUUGGGGGUUAAUGGAUUUCUCUUACUCAUGGCUUUCCCCUCCACUGACUGGCCUUUAGACUCAAGCACACCAUGGAGUCAACUGCAGCUCAGGCCCAAGUCUUAGCUCUUCAAAGGGCCGCAACCGGAGCAAUAAUGAUGAGCAAUUCGGGUCUUGAAGUUUAGUGUGUUCCUGCUCUGUACGAACUAUGCUAGCUC